ACCAAGGAUGCAUUCGACUUGAACGUUGCUGCUUGUCGACUCAUCAUCGCCAUCACCCCCGGUUUGGAGUUGAGCGUGCUGUCCAAUACCGAUGGUCUCAUUAGCCAAUUGUUUCGUUGGGUGGACAAGGCCGCCGAACCCUUGCUCUCGUACGCCACGGUGGUUUUGGCCAGUGCCAUGGAAAUCACUGCCGUGGCCACCGAGCCUGACAAUCGCGAGAAGAGCUUCAAGCUCGUGCCCACUCUGGUCAAGCGUAUGCGUGCCCACAUCCUUGAGUCGCAGACCGCGCAGGAAUCCUUCAAACGACCUUUCGUUCACUUGGGCAGCCAAUCGACCUCCCAACCCCUCGGUCGCGGUGUGAAACGGAAGAGCACGGACACGGGGGAAGGCGAAGCCGAGAAGUCGCAGUCGGGAUUGGCCAGUCCGUCCACGCAUCAAAAUGGCGACUGGUCCAACAGUUCGUGGACCGAAGUCGAGUCGCAGAUCUUGGGCCAGUUCUCGUUCCAUCCCUUGGACACGACCGGGAAGAUGGUGGCUAUCUUGCGAUUUCUCACACCUUUGGCCGAAUACCAGGAGUUCCUGGCUCACAUCCACGAACUGAAUGGUGUGCAGGACAUAUUUGAUUGGUGUUUAAACAUGCGGGACACGAAGAACGCGCGGUUAGCCUUUGAAGCCUUGAAGUUUCUCACCGCUCUGUUCUGUCAUAAGAAAUUCGUGACGGAGUGGGUUAACAAGGAUCACAUCCAGCAACUCUUGAGCAUUCCUCGACCUUCCAUCGCUUCCACAGCCGUCAGUCAAUGUCUGUUCUAUCUCUCGUGUGAUGAUGACUCCAUGGAGAAAGUUUGUCUUAUGCCCGAGCACCUCCAAAUACGAUUGGUCAAGUAUGUUCUCUGGUUGAUGGAGUGUUCCCAUGACACGGGUCGUCAGUUCGGAGUCAUGUUCUUCGGCAUGUCCGCCGCUUUUCGGAAGCUCCUCGAGCUCUACGACAAGGAAGGUGGUCAGCGGAAGGUGUUCAAUACCAUCAGCACCUUGCGCGUUCUCAAUCCUGACGAUGACGAUAUGUUGAUCCUGACCGACGAUGAAGAGUACACGCAGCGCCAGAAACUUCGACACGCCAUGGUGGCUUUGAAAAAGUAUUUCGAGGCCCAUCUUGCCCUGAAAUGCGAGCAAUUGAAAAGAAGUAUGGGCUACGAUCCAGCCCAAUCACCCCAACCCGUCAUCGUGUCCUACAAGCCGAUUCGAUUAACAUCGGAACAGGUGUACGAGCGAGUCAGUAGUCUCAUGAAGCACAUGCCGUUCCGAUCCCGUUGGGGUCCGGUGGACGAGUUCAUCAAUCUGGACGGCGUCUCCACGUGCCUUCAAAUCAUCGCCAUGGCUUACGAUUGGACGUUCACAGGCCGCUCAGAGAUGGUGAGAUGUGCUUUGGACGUUCUGGCCAUUUGUUGUGUCGUCCCCAAAGUCCAGCUUCAAUUAUGUGAGAGAAUCGAGCUCUAUGAUGAGACAAAGACCGUUGGGAUCAACAUUGUUUUGGGAGCCGCCGAGGGCGAUAUUGUUCAGGAUUCUGCUGACGUGAGGAAAUCUGCAUUAACAUUAAUAAUCAACUGUGUUUGUGCCCCAAUCAAUCGCCCUGGAAUCCAAACGCGACAUGCGCUCAACAGCUCCACUGUCACCACAACUCCGGCUUCCCAUCGUCGAAAAGCGAUCGGAAAAAGCUCCGAGGACUUGAUCAACAAAGUCUGGGAUUGUUGUCGUUCCAACAACGGGAUCAUGGCUCUCUUAGAGCUAUUGAGCAUCAAGACCCCGAUCACUGAUGCCGAUGCCAUUCGAGCUCUGGCUUGUAAAGCCCUCGUGGGUUUGGCCCGAUCCGAUGCUGCCAAGCAGAUCAUGUCCAAAUUGCCCAUUUUCAUUAAUGGCCAACUCCAACAAUUGGUCCGCGAGCCUAUUCUGCAAGAUAAACGAACAGAGCACUACAAGUUCCAACAAUACGCUCACGAGCUCAUGGAAAUCGUGAGCACGGGCGAAGGUCAAGUGCAUCGAUUGGCUCGAGGCAAUGACUUUUCGGUCGAAAUGCUACAUAGAGCCUCGGUGGUGGCUCAAACCAAGAUCCGAUUCUCCAAGAAACAAUUGCUCCAACUCAUCCAAGAAUAUCUCGCUUCCGAGGGAUUGUCAGAUUCGGCUGCGGUUCUUCAACGUGAAGCCAAUAUCGCUGUUUUGAAUGCGCCGAGUAAUCGCUCGCUCAUCCACCGAUCAGUCAACAAUACGCCCAACCCUCUGGUCACGCCCACCACUCCUCAUCGACCGCUAUCUAGCACUUCCAGUUUGAACCGCGCUCUAGCUUCUCCCCCGGCUUCCUCGUCCAUGAAUCGGUCGUUAUUCGACGCCCCAGGAACGCCCUCUAGCCCGCCCUCUUCAGGUGUGAAACCUUCUGAAUCCAGCGCUGUGAGUACGCCCAACAUUCCGAUUCGGAUCAACCGUAACCGUGGUGGACGGCAUGACACGCCCAUAGUGGGUCUGGGGACCCCUGCCUCGUCAUCGAAAAACAUACAGAGAGCUUGUGAACCCUUCUCCCUGCCCAACGCAAGUGAAUUCAACCAGGGCACCUCGGAAAAGAAAGUGACCUUAGUCUCCAUCGUUAGUGAUUAUCUGUUCAGUCAGCAUUCGUUAUGCAAAAACCCUAUGACCACAUGCCCGGAAUUUGAUUUGCUCAUCCCGCACAAAUGCCCUGAUCCGAGACCCAAAAACGCCGCUCCCAUGAACUUCUCUCUCCGACAUUCGCGGAAAGAGGUGUGGCCUCCUUUUGGCGGUCCUGAGGGCGGCAAAUUGGACCGUCAGUUGAUUUAUAGUCGUUUCAAGCCCAGCAAGAGCUUCAAAUUGGAACCUCGAGAUGAAAAUACCUCGACCACUUUCUCAAGCUGUGCAUUUAUGCCUGAUGAUAGUUUUCUUUUGGCUGGAACCUCUACUGGUGAUGUGAAGAUGUUCAAUAUGGCCACUGGAAGCGAAGAAGGCUCGUUUGCUUGCCAUCAAACCAUUCUCUUUCACCUUCAACCAAAUCGCGAAGGCAAACUUCUACUCACAUCCUCUGCAUGGCGGAUUCCAUAUUCGGGGCUUUGGUCGUUGGGCGAGUUCUUUGAGAAUAAGAUGAACUUCAACCACGACGAAUAUGUAGAAUUCUCCAAUGUUCACCAAGAUAAGGUGAUUGGUACCAAAGGCGAAAAGGCCAAGAUCUAUGAUAUAAACACUCAAAAAGUCAUCAUGGAACUGAAUCCGGCCAUUUCCAACAACUAUUCGAUGAAUCGUGCCACUUUUGAUCCCUUCGACGAUCUUAUCCUCAAUGAUGGAGUUCUCUUUGAUUCCCGGAGCGGGAAAGAGAUCCGUAAGUUGGACAAGCUCAACCAGACUCUCUCAGGAGUGUUUCAUCCCAAUGGUUUGGAGAUCAUAUCCAACACCGAAGUUUGGGAUCUGCGAACAUUUCACCUGUUAAAGACCGUCCCGGGCUUAGACCAAUGCACAGUGAAGUUCUCCAAUUCUGGAAACAUCAUUUAUGCAGUCACAAUGCAAGAGGAAGAACCCGACGGCGAGGAAAAGUUCGAAUCGGCUUUUAGAACGUUUGACGCCUCCGAUUAUUCCAGCAUUGCUACAAUUGAAACCCGAAGGGCCGUGGUAGAUUUGGCCACGUCACAUUUUGACCUCCAGUUGGCUGUGGUGGAGAAUUCGAACAUUCCGACUCAUGAGGAAUCUGUGGUCAGAUUAUACGAUGUGGGUCAAAUCCGAUCUGAAGAGGACGAGGCUGAGGAUGAUGAUAACGACGGAGAUGAGGGUGAUGAGGACGACAGUGACGAUGGUGAUGGAGGCUUCAACUUCUUUACAGACGACGACGACGACGAAGAUGAUUACGAUGACGAAGAUGACGACGACGAUGAUGAUGAAGAUAUGAUUAUGUUGGAUGAAGAUGAUGACGGCAAUGAAGAUAAUGCCGAACCUGAGGCUGGACCUCAAGAGCCGGCCGUGGCCGCGCUGGAGGAGCAGCAAGUCGCCAACGGACAAGAAGGAGACACGGAUAAUCCCGUGGAAAUUGAAUCUGAUGAUGGUUCUUGGGAGGAUGUGGAUGAGGAAGUAAGCAUAGGUUGAUGAUGGAUUAAUUUACCAAUGUUGACCCACUACUCCUGCCCUGACGUCGCACUAACAAAAAUACAUAUGAAGGCUUUCCUUUUAUUAUUACUAUAUAUUUGAAAAGAAAGAAAAGAAAAUCCAAAGAAAUGAAUGUUGUUUCUGUUUGAGCCGAA